AUAAGAGGGUAGCGAUGUCAUUUCCUAUGAGGUAGACAAAAAUACACAAACAGGUGUUAAUGUACCUUGACCAAUGGUUAAGGGAAUCUUUUCCCUUCACAUCUGUUUAAUUGAUGAAAAAUUACCUAGAUCUACGAGAUAAGAAAAUUAAUUAUAAAAUAAAUAAGUUUAACUUUCUUUACAAGUAAUUGUCUUGUAUAUCUACUGGUGUAGUUGUGUUGUAACUAAUUUUUUAUAACUGUUUUUGGUGGGAGUUAUGAAAAAACGACUAAAUUCACUUCCCAUGAAAUGAAAAUUAUGUUUCUAAAGAUGCUUCCUUGUGCAUUCCCAUUGAUCAUACGUAUUUCCCCUUAAUUUUGUUUGUUUCGUAAAUCUGAAAAUUGUCCCUUAAUUAAUCUGAUUAUUGAGUUAAAUCUUGACCUUGGAAUCACACGGCCCGAAUUACUAAGAUGCGCCUAAUGCAUGAGAUGCAUCUUAUGGGGUUGCGGCUUGUGACAUACGCAUCAGGGCGCAUAUUAGGGUUCCAUUUGAAUCCCCUUUUCCCGCUUCGGCUUCGCGGUGUAACGGAACACUAAAAAAGCCGCGAGAACCUUCAUACGAAAGGACAGAAGAUGCAGCGUUCAUUCACUCAGUAAUGAGCUUGGAUCUUCAUUGUUAGGUGUUUUUCUCUUCUGUUCUUUAAUUCAAUUCAUGGAAGGCUUGAAGAUCAUAUCGAUUUCACAUCUCCUUCAACGAUCUCGUCCUCUAACAGGUGCUUCCUCUCUUUUCUCUCCUCCUUCAACUUCGGUUUCUUGUAUUCCGCCUGAAGCGAAUCGUAGACAACGAUCAUCUGACGGAGAGACCACGAAACCUGAUUCUGAAGAAAACUCUAGCCGUAGAAUUCUAUGUCCUCUCAAGUACCCUGCGCUUAUUAUUGGAACCCUAAGUCUCCCUUCCAGCGAUGCCGAGUCUACUUCUAAUCAGCUCUCUUGCGGGUUGAGAAACAGUUGCUUUGUGUUUUCUGAUGGUGUUUCUAGGGUUUGCUGCGCUGUUCUUGACCUGGAUAUUAAGAUUAUCGGCAAGCAAAUCCAUGUUCUUGCCUGGAAUUUCAUUCCUUUCAAAGGUGGUGGUGGAUUCUUGGAGAUUAUCAGAUGGAGCCUUCCGAAUUCCUUCACCGAAAUAUGUCGAUUGUCCCAUGCGAAUGCGUUUCUGUUGGCUUCAGGUUCACCUGUUCAGAAAGAGCAUUACGAGCCUCGUUCUUCUGUUUGUGGCAGAUUAAGAUCGGUCAGCCCUGUUUUUGCAAUUCCAUGCACUGUUAAGGGUAAUAAAGAUUCCGGCAAUUGCUCUAAAGAUUCGAGAAACUUGAGUGGAUUCCUUGCGGAAAUAAUGGUCUGUGAGUGUUACUUAUGUACUUCCAAAGCUCCAGUAGCUUUGCUUCGGAAUCCCUUUCAGGGACACAGUUUUCAUUCUUUCAAUCAACCCGAAUUUUUAUAUUUCUGUGGGUCUGCUUCGUCUUGGCAUCCUGUUCUCUCUAACCUUCUUGGGAUUGUAGUCUUGCUCUCUGGUGUGAAGAAGAAACAGAUUUUCAGCGGAAAAGAAGAGCCAUGUAUAAUGUUCACAACUACAGACAAAACUGUGUUGCAUAUACCUAGGUCACCUGUGGGAGAGUUGCUAUCUGGAAGGAGUGAAAUCAAAGGGAGAGGUGAGUCUGGUGUGUAUACUGGAGUUAUCACAGGUGUUUACAUGCAAGGAAUGGUUGUUGAGCUGGACGAGAAAGUGUGGCUUUUACUAACUGAUCAUAUUCCUUUCUUACCUCAUUUUAUGAGGCUGGGCGCUAUUAUAUCUAUGAGGAAUGUUCACUUUGUACAUCCCAAUUUUUCUUGGUCAAGAAUCCUCUUGCUUGGGGCUUGCUGUAAGACAACCAUCAAUGUGGAGUCAUUUUCACCCUGGGAGUCUCAGUGUCAUAUUCGGCUGCAGACACAAAGCUUGUUGCAUAAAUUCAUUGGGACUUUGUCAUUUUCUGCCAGAUUAUGGGUCUUACUUACAGUCUCAUGUUUCAGAAAAAAAUUUGCUGGCAUCUUGUCAGAGAAGAAGAUUCUAGGAUCCAAACAUAAAGAAGGAUUGGUUCAGACGUAUGCUAGUUCAGCACUACCUUCAUCUGUUUUUCGACUUCGGCAUGGACUAUUCAUGGAAUUCAGUAAGCACAAUCAGAGCAGUUGUGGUAGUGAGCCAAAUGAUGGGUACUUGAAAUUGGUGGUGCCCAUCACUAAUUUUGUCAGCCAUUGUGAGGCCAUUUGGCUGAAGGCAUUGUUACAAAUGAAUAAAGACCCUGAAACUAUUAGAAAGAGCAACAAUUUCGGUCUCCAGCCAUGUGAAGGGAAUUCUUAUGGGAGAUUAGUCCGAAGGAUUAUAUCAAGUGAAGAUCUUGAGGUGGUUCUAUUGGGUAAUCUAGAGAUUUCUCCAUCUUCUGGGAGGUUGCAGUUGACUGAUGCAACUGGCAGCAUUGAGGUUGUGGUACCAGAUUUGCCGUCUAAUUGGGAUGUCAGAAGUAUAUAUGAGGUUAAACACUAUACUGUUGUCAUAGAAGGCGUACCUUCACAAUUGAGUUCUUUCAGCUUGCUUAGAAAUGAGUCAUUUCCAUGCAGAAGUAUCUUUGCCCAUGUUUCAUCUAUGAAAGAGAGAAAUAAUUUUGCAACCUAUGUACACUUCCAUAUGAGCGAGGCAAUUUCCCUAAACAGUCAGUUUUCUUCUUGUAUGGAUUGGAGUGGCAAUCCCAAUAUACUUGAAAAUGGGCCAUUCCGCCUGCUCCUGGUGACGCACAAGUUUCCUGCAAUGCAAAACUUUCAAGGUAGAUCAAAUAUUUCAAAGAGCUUAACCUCGUUCGCUGAGGCCAUAAUCUUGCCUUGGGAUUUGUCUCUUCCUCUGGAAAAUGAAAAUACCUGUCCAAAUGAAUUUUCCAAUUUCAAACUUAGAGAAUGCUUCCAAGAUCAUGUCAAAAGAAAUUGCCAGGAUACUUCUUCUAACAAGAGACCUAAAAUUGCUCACCUGUUGGGUAGGGUGUUAACUGCAGGACCAAUUGAUGGCUUGAAAAAAGAUGGAGAUGAAACAUAUAGCAGUGGGAGUGAUUAUGGUCCCUGCUCGGAAUUUGGCAGUAGCCUGAAAUCAUGCAAAUUUAGCCGUAGCCAGAAAUCAUGCAACCUGAAUUAUCCUUUUGCAAUGCAAUGUUUUGUCACCGUUCGAAGUUGCAAUGAUCAGAAGCCAAUUGGGUCAGGAAUCUUGUAUUGCACAAACCCCAAUGCAUGGGAGGGCUUAUUAAUUAAACAAAGUUUGCAGAAAGUUGUACUGGAGUUCAAGUCUGAAAGCCUUUUCAAGUAUCAGUCAUUAAGAAUUGGUGGAUAUUAUAUCUUGAAGUACCCUGAGAAAGAGCUCCAUUGUAAUCUAAGGGAUUGUGGAUAUGGCAGCUGUGGUAAAGUUCUUAUCACUUCUGAAACGCAACUGUGGAGUAUUUAUUUCGCCUGUGAUGAGGGUCCUUUUCAAACUAAACCUGAGUGGAAUCGCCCUCCAGAUGUUUCUUCAAGCACUAUUGAUGCGAAUCUGUCUGAAGGUUUUCUUGAAAAUGAACUAAUCUUUCAGAGAUCUGCAAGCCAAAAUUCAAUCUCCUGUUCAGAUGUCCAUCUCCAUCUCUCUGCUGAUGCAAUGAAGCACUUGAAGCUAUGCACUGCAGCAGUGGAAGGGUUGGUCAGUCCCAUCAUGGCUCCAGCAGAGGCUGUUAAAUUCUCUGCAUUCAUUAUGACCAACAUGACUGUUCCAGUGCCUUCUGGAACCCCUGAUCAUUCUUCGAAAUUACCAGAAGGGGAUUUAAUAUCACUACAUGGAAAUGUACUUGCUGUUCAUAAUUUGGACUGCAGUUCUCUUUGUGCUCAGAAACUCUUAGGUUGUGAAGCAAUGGGUGAUGUUCAUCAGUUGUGGUUCUUCCAAGGAACAUCGGACAGCAUUUGUAUUCACAUUUUAGAAGGCUGUGACAUGGUGAAGAUUCGUGGUACCCUAUGGAAACAUGCUUGUCCUAUUGGACUGGGACCAGGAGUAACUGCAACCUUUCACCGUGUUCUUGUACUAGGGCCGAAUGAGUUGAUGUUGACACCUAUUUCAUUCAUUGUGAUUAACUCUAUAAAAGAAGUUCUUUCUCAGCAUAGUGACAUGAGUUCCCAUCCAAUAUCUACUCCAGAUAUUUUAUUUGAUGCCCUACAGGACAUUGUUCCAUCAGGCUUUAUCCCUGAACUGAUUCAUUGCCUAGAGAGUGGGUCAAUACAGUUACGUUGCAGGGUUGUGGCUAUACGUGUCCUAGUGUUAGAAAUGCGCAAAAAUAAAUUUGAGAAGCUACAAACAAGGGAGCAGUCCAAGAAUCCUGCUGUAAACAUCCCACUUGCUGGUUUUGUUUUGGAUGAUGGAUCAUCCACCUGUUGUCUCUGGGCCAAUGCAGAGAGAGCAGCGAAAUUGCUAAGGCUAAAUGAAGAAACCUCAGUCAGUUAUUUCAGUAGCAGUUACUCAACGUUGAGGUCAGGAAGCAACAAAGUUCCAAGCUCCACCAUUUAUCAUCUGCAGAAGAUUUUAAAGAAGCACAAGAGAGUUGCUGUGAAGAACCAAGGGCCUAUGCUUGAUACAUCAUGUCGAGAGCUUUUGUUUUCUGUCGCUUCAGACAAAGUCUUCAGCAGCUCAGAUGAGAAUGUCAUCAAGUUCAUUAUCCUCAAUGCUUGCUGUGGUGCAGUUUUGAGUGUUCUCGGCAGUGUUAUGGAUUCAACUGCUGUUGGACAGCUGGAGAUGGAUCUUGCAGAAAUGGAGAUGCCAUUGCAUCCAAUGCAAAAUAUUUGGGCUAGAGAUAUUCGGUAUACAGAUUGUCUGACUGAGGCAAGGACUAUAAUUCAAGAACUUUUAGUCAGGUAGCAGUUGUCCCUUUGUAAAUUAAUCACAUUUAUUUUUUUUAUUUUUUUGCAAUGCUAUUGCUGCCUUACUAACCUGAUACAGUGAACAUGGGAGGGUCUAGAUAGUUAUGUCACCUUGAGGAAGAAAACUGGUGUCAUGUGAAUCUUGUGUAUUCUUCUAUUCUGUUUUUCUGUUUUAUUUUUUUCUUCAUGCCAAUGUUUGUGGCAUGUUAAUGGCCCCACUUGGUUUAUCAUUGCAACUUGCUGGAAUUCAAUGUUUUAAGUUAUAUUUUGUUGUAA